UGGGAAAGGCAGAGAGAUGCACUGCAAAAUCCUGGUUUGUUCUGGGGAGGUGAGGAGCGAGUUAUUCGUUGCCUGUAUGGUGCAGCGGUUGCUUGCUGGCUUCCUGCAUCUUGAGCCAAUUAAUUCGCCAUGCCGGCAGAGCUCAUCUCCCCAAAGAGGUAGGAAAGCUGACCCAGAGAGAUGGAUGCAGCGAUGUAUAUGGGGGCAGCGGUGAAGAACUAGUACCGUACGGAAAGCUGAAGUCUUUCUCGGCAUCUCUAACACUUCAUAAAUUGCAAGCAGGCUGAAGGCAGAGAGCCAGAUACUCUUGCAGAAAAUCUGAACACUGAAGACAAGUGGAAAUUUUUUUUUUUUUUAGUGUUUUUUUUUCCCCUCUUGGUUCCAAUGCUAUAUUUAGAAGAGAGCAAGAAAGAUCAAGCUUUUCUUCAUAGACCGUAGACACUCCAGUGUAUUCUUGCUCCUGGUAACAGAUGUCUCCUUUUGGGACAGUGCUCAGUUCCACGGAGGGAUUUUCCUAACCUCAGCUCCUCCGAGGUAGAAGAGGAAAUCAGGUCAGAGCUACCUGAUCUGAAAUCCAGACCCGGGCAUACAGAAUAGCAGUAAGGAAUCGAGAGUAAGGAAGCUCACACUUACCGCAAGGUCACCAGAGCACUGACCAUGCCGGCCACAUCCACCCAAGUGCUGGGCCUCAGCCUUGUCAACUCCACCAGCACGCCCAACAUCUCAGAUGAGAAGAGCUUGUUCUAUAAGUUUGUCCGCCUGGAUUACGAACUAUACGAAGACUUUUACGGCUUAUGGAUCUCUUUGAUGGUCAUCAAUUCCAUCAUUUUCCUGGUGGGCGUGGUGCUCAACAGCUUGGCGCUGUAUGUGUUCUGCUUCCGCACCAAGACAAAAACCACCUCUGUCAUCUACACCAUCAACCUGAUUGUGACUGACCUACUGGUGGGCUUCUCCUUGCCUGUCCGGAUCAUCAUGCACUACAGUGCAAGGGACUGCUUGAAAUGCUCUUUUGUUCACAUAUUCGGCUACUUCGUCAACAUGUACUGCAGCAUUCUCUUCCUGACGUGCAUCUGUGUUGACCGGUACCUGGCCAUCGUGCAGGUGGAAGCGUCUCGGAAGUGGAGAAAUCCCACCUGUGCCAAGGGGAUCUGUGUCUUCAUCUGGAUCUUUGCCACGGUGGUGACAUUCUCCGUCUUGAUCAUGGCAAUAAAUUAUGCCCACUGCUGCCUUGCCAAAAUCUUGGCCUUGAUGGUCUGUGAGUACUUCUUCCCGCUUGUCAUCAUCACCUUCUUCACCACUAGGAUCAUGUGUGCGCUGUCUAAACCCAGCCUCAUGCACCAGAGCCGGGAGAGACGGAUGAGGGCUGUACAGCUCCUUAUCACCGUCCUCAUCAUCUUCAUGAUCUGCUUCACUCCUUUCCAUGUGCGCCAAGUGGCUAUUUCCAUCAACCCAGACAUGCCCGAGAGCAUCAGCCUGGUAACUUACCACGUGACGGUGACACUGAGUAGCCUCAACAGCUGCAUGGACCCAAUCGUCUACUGUUUUGUCACCAACAACUUCCAGUCGACCAUGAGAAGCAUCUUCAGGAAGGCCGAGCUGGAGCAAACCAGCAUGGACAUCAUCAGUAUGAACAAGAAUUCCAAGGGCUCGGGCACAAAUGCAAUCAUCGCCUUCUCAAACACGAUCGGGAGCCCUCUGAGCUUGCCUUCCCCAAGCAGCACACCUAUCUAAUAAAGGGGGCAUAGUGCAGUAGGCUGGCACACGGUCGCUGGAAUACCGCUGGGUUGUACAGUCCUAUUGUCCUUGACCUUGUGUUGUCUAGUGGGACGUUUAGACCGGUUGUGUUGGAAUUUCUUCCUCAAGAACACGAUGCUCUGUUUGGAAAGAGGAGCUCUCAUGCUGUUCAUGCCAAUGCAAAAAAUAGUCUGUGACUGACUGCACAGGGCAGGAACGCUCUUUUUGCAUUUGAACACAAACGUCUUCCUCGUGCCAAAUCCAGUUCUGUCGGUGGUUUUGUUUACUGUUUCACACCGGGAUGUGUGACACUCGGGCGCAGAAGAAGGCCGUGUUUCCUGUGAAAGCCUUCCCACCUUGAAACUGUUGCUCUUGAGAAACAGAGAUGUUGCUGAGCUCUCCACUGGUUGAGUGACUGCCAAGAUUUUAGAUGCCAUGCAAGGAAGUGGAGAGGGACAAAGAAAGCCCAUGAGCAGCAAUUCAAAUGUCUCUGAAAUGUGCCUGGACUUUAUGGAAGAUACUGUAAAGCAAAAUAGUAAUAAUCCCUGACAAUGCAACGAUAAGGAAAGGAAGUGUUUGGUUUUUAUAUCUAAUAUAUAUAUGUGCAAGGAUUUUUUAUUCUGUUUGUUGGUGUUUAGUAUGUUCUGUACUCAGAUUAGUCAUGGGAAUCGCAGGUUUCCCUAAAUCUCAGACGGGCACAGAAAGAGUCUGUACAAACUGAUGUGAUUCCCUAAAAACUCUACCUACUCCUCUUGCUGCAAUAAUGAUGACAAACAGGACCAACAUAUUAAGUUGUAUUAUAUUAGGAUUUGCUAUUCUAACUCCCGCCCUGGUUCUGUCUAACUGGGCAUCUGUCCUGCUGAUUCAAAUAAGGAAAUUAAAGGGAAAGGAAAAUCCACCUUAAAUAUGGAGGUUGAAAGUCACCUCCGUGCAAAGCCACACGCAUGAUUUAACUCCCCAUGUUUGGGAUUUAAACAGUGCUCUAGUCUCUCUGCAGACCUUCCCUACAAUGCUAUAUUAUUUCUCCCCUGUCUUGCACCAUUAAAAUAAGGUAAGCAUGAAAUAGCAUCUCAAAGAAACAGCAAGAGACAAGAGUCUGAAUGCAAAAUGCCAUCACGAUGAUGAUGAUGGUGGAAGUUGCAGUUGGAAAAAUAUUCUGUUGAUUCCAGCUGGCUGCAAAUGUUUUUCAAACAGAUCAGUGGAUCUCUACUGCUCCACCAGUUCCUGGUCUAAUCUCCUCCAAGCUGAAGAUGAUGGAUGGAAACCAAUGAAGAGUAUUUUAAGAAUCUGAAUGGAGGUUACUGGGAUUUCCAUUAGAGAGUAUACUGUUCUUCAGGACGGCUGCUUCAUUCAGGACCUGAGUUUGAAAACAAUCAGCUUUGGAUAACGUGACUGUCUACAUAGCAUAAGGAUGUUGCCAUCAGCUCUUCUGAGAGCUUCAUGAAGCUGCCAGCACCACCUCCUCCCUGAUGGCUGAAGUUGCCGCUGCCUCCAGCCGGGGGAGCAGAGAGAGCAUCCGGCUGCAAGAGCCCCCCACCGAGCAACCCCAGUCCUGUGAAGAGGAGCUGCGCCUCGCUGCUGGGAGCUGAGCUGGCUGCACAAAGCUGGAGGGGCAGCAGGUCAGAGGAGCGUGGGCCAGUCCCACUAGGAGCCUGACAUCUGUCCAUGCAGCUGACUUAGGCCCCUAAGGGCAGCUUUCAUGGCGAGACACCUCUCAGUCUUCUCCAAAGGCGCUGGUGGUGAUGGUGGUGCUAAUGUCUGGCAUGGUUUCAGUGGAAACAAGACACUUGAAUAAUGCUGAGGAUCUGGGCCUGAGCCCAAAAGCUAAAAUAAUCAUUUGUAACUUCAGCAUCUUGCUACCAUCACCAAGCCUAUACCAUAAAGAGUAAGGGAUUCCCUACAAGGGAUGAGCUGCAUAAAAGAAAGACCUUUGUAGCAUGGCCAUGCAUUUCACUGGAGCUCUGAGCUUCACACUGCUUGAGUUUGCUAGGGGGAAGAGGGUUUAAUUCACCUAAGGUCUCCAAAUGGCAACUGGUGUCAGUGAAGCAGGCUCUUCCCUUCCUGCCCAUGUGCUAAACCAGAGGAUGUAUGUAAAAUGUCAUGUGUGUUUAGAUGUGAUAUAAACAGAUCGCUCUUGCAAGACCUCCUCUUAAAUGUAACGCAGUAGAACCCGGAUUGUCCACAUCCAGGAGGUUUGGGACCCGCAUAAGUCACAGCCGGUUGUUGCCCAAGGGACAAGGUGCUGAAUUGUUUGCUGCGGCUGUGCGUUCAAAAGGCGCCGCUCCUCCGAUCAGCUGGAGCUGAGCAGUGAUCCCAGGCCGCUGAUUGGAAAAGCAACACCCUUUCAAAUAAAAGCUACAGUAAACAGCUGGAGCAUUUCAGUGACCCUGUGCAGCUGUUUGCUGCCAAUAAAAUCCUCCGGAGACUUCCCAACUGCUCAUCUUUGCAGGGGAGUGAGGAACCUCAUGCUGGGAAGAAUCCGGGUUCAACUGCAGUAGCCGCUGCAAUCAGCGGCUGCCAAUGCCUGUCAUGGGACAGGGAUGUACAAUCGUUUGUAAUGCUCGGGAGGCAGGGGCCGUCCCAUCAGGAGGCAGGGGCCAAGUAUUAAAGUUCAGUGAGUUCCUCCCAAGCGCGUCCCGCAUUCCUUACAUUUCGAAACAGCACCGCCUUCAGUGAGGGAUUUUUCUUGAAGAGUCAGGAUUUCAGUUAGGGGAGCCGGAGCUUUCCAGCCUUCAGCAAUGACCAAGAUGAGCUCAACGGCCAGAUGUGUUCCCAGCUGGAGACCCCCCAACUCCAAAAGCCAGGUCUCCCAGCACACCAGCUUCCUCUGGGACACGUAACACAAGCUGUGCUCCCCGCACCCAGGCAUCUUCUUCCGCCCAGUUCCUUCCGACGAGGAAAUGGAAGAGCAAUGCACUACGCUUUGUCAAAGCACAUGUUUGCCUUCCUGUCCCUUGGUCUCUGCUUCCUCGCAGAUGCAUGGAGGAUUUAUGCAUAUGCACCCCCUUAGCUCGCCUGGCGUGUAUGAGUCACAUUUUUAACCUCAUCUCUUUUAACAGGAGUGCUGGGUGCUCGUGCAUCCUCUCAGUAGUGGAGCCUGCAGUCUUCUCAGGCAGUGAAUCAUUCGAACAUCGUGCAGAGGUCUGGCUCACGACCAAAGCCCCUUAGCACUAGGAGCUGUACGCUCGGAGAGGUAGGCACACUGCACUCUAACAUGAGGAGGGCUGAGGAUGGGAAACAACGCAGAACAAACAAUUAUUACCAGCUCUAUAUUUCAUAUACCUCAGCGUGUGUUUUAUCAUUUCAACAAUAAACAUUGUCCUGCCCGCUAGCCUACCCACAAUGUGUUGGCCGAUUUCUUGGGAGUGUCACAGCAGAAACAGGUCUCAGGGGAGUAUUUUCUCAAGAAGGAGAGGGCCGUAGCUGCAAGGCUCAAUGCAGGGAGCAAUGACAGAUGUAAGAAGGGAAGAGCUCUCUGGGAUGUCUGUGGGUCAAGCAGACGAAUGGGCUAUUGGGACUAGCAUCACUUCGUGUAGCAGAGCAGAGGGAGUCAGAGCAAUGAAAGACAAGCUGAAAGGGGCAGAGCCAUGUGGGUCACAAUGGUGUGGUGCAGACAGUCAGUGGAAAAGGGGGGACAGUGGUACCAGGAUUGCUCACUAGUAUAGGAUUAGGGUGUCUACAGCUUCACUUACACCUACCCGGCCUUACCAGCUCCUGUGACUUUAUCAUGCAUCCCACCACUGUUGGUGCUUUUUAUAUUAACUCCAUUUUUUAUG